AUGUUUCCAAUGGAGAACAAUUCAGAGGUGACUGAGUUCAUUCUUGUGGGAUUAACCAAUAACCCCACAGUACAGAUUCUGCUCUUCCUAAUUUUUUUCCUCAUCUACCUAAUAAGUCUGGUUGGCAACCUAGGGAUGGUCCUGUUGAUCCUGCUGGACUCUCGUCUCCACACUCCCAUGUACUUUUUCCUCAGCAACCUCUCUCUGGCUGACUUUGGUUACUCCUCAGCUGUCACACCCAAGGUCAUGGCAGGGCUUCUCACAGGAGACAACAUCAUCUCCUAUAAUCAUUGUGCCGCUCAAUUCUUCUUUUUUGCAGCUUUUGCCAUUGCAGAAAGUAACCUCUUGGUCGUAAUGGCUUAUGAUCGCUAUGCAGCUGUGUGUAAACCGCUCCAUUACACCACCACGAUGACAACAAAUGUGUGUGCUGCUCUGAGCACAGGCUCCUAUAUCAUUGCUUUCUUGGAUGCUUCCAUCCACACUGGGAACACUUUCAGGCUCUCUUUUUGUAGGUCCAAUGUGAUUGACCACUUUUUCUGUGAUGCCCCUUCACUUUUGCCUCUCUCAUGCUCUGACAGAUACAUCACUGAGCUAUCUGGGGUUUGUAUCCAAAAGUCUCCAGUCAAGACCUCUGCCUAA